AUGGCACCGAAUGAGCCUAAAGCAUCCUCUGAUGGUGCAGACGAUGCCGAUCUGGCAAAGGCAUUUCAGGAGCUCGCCAAAGGUGAAAGAACCGCUGCUGCACUGGAAAGUCAAUUGAGCACUAUGGAGGCCAAGAUAGAAGCACUACUUGCACAGGCAGAAAAAGACCAGGAGGAUGUAGAGAAGAUGAGAGCUCAGCGUGAGAAGGAAGGCGGAAGCAGGACUGAGCACGCUGGCAGUGAGGCUGAUGGGAAGACAUGA